AUGCUUCAGGAUCCUGCCGUCGAGCUUCCUGAAGAGCUAUUCCUCAAUGUCUUGUCCUAUUUCGUCCUCCAAAACCCUCGGUCUACUUCGUCGAGGUUGAUUGUGCACGCAAGCAAGCGGGAGCUGGCGGAGUUGUGUCUGGUGGCUCGCUACUGGGCCAAGAUAAUCCGCCCACUCCUGUUCCACGACAUCUACAUCCGCAGCAGAGCAUCCCUCGAUCGCUACUUCGCGUUCACAGAAUCACCAGUCCGGCUUGAACCCCGCCUGGAGGCAUGCCUGCGGAAAACAACCGUGGAAUUUACAGGCCCUUGGUCGGGCUAUUGGGCAUGCCUCAGUUGGAGAAAUUCGCCCAUUGCGCUCAGCAUGCCCGGAACAGCGGUCUUCGUAUUGCGAGAAGGAUACGUUCCCGACAUACUGUCCAGUCCCAGAUCGAAAGCUGGCUACGCGCCCCGAUCGUGGUGGAUAGGGCUUCCGCGUUCCCUCCCGUUCGGCACCGUCCGGUUCUCCGAACUCAAGCUCGUGGACGUACGCUUCAAGCACGUCGCCGACCUCCUUUCUCUCGCCAAUGAUGUCCAAGGUUUGCGAACCCUGGACUGCAGGAAGGUCAAGUUUGACGACCUGCGGCUCCCCGGGGCGCCCGUACCUACCAGGAGGCGCCCCGCGCGGAACGGGAACCGAGCAUACGAGAUCAUCUUGUCUGAUUGCGGUUCGGACAACUCGGAGGUGCAGGCGCUUCUGUCCCUUGUGGGCUCUAGUUCGCGGCACGGUGCUCCAGGAUACGUUCUGGAUGCACAGACCUGGAAUCGACUGCACGAUUUGGUUCGGUGGAUGAUUCUUCGGCCAAAGCGCAAUCGCUACACGAUCUCGUACCGGUUCCAUCAGGCUUUUCCACGCAAGGGUUCCGGGUGCAUCUGCGCGGCGACUGUGAGCGUAUGUGUGCAACCCAUUUCGGCGCACCUUGGCGUCAGGCUCCUAUACAGCUGCCCCUCCCACGACGUCCGCGACGCGCUUGCUGGGAGCGGAACGGCCGUUCACUGGAGUGUUCUCAUGUUAGAACAAUCGAUAGUUCAAUCAAGAGACGACUUGCGGCCGCCGACAGCUAUGCUCGAGUUCUUCGCAGAACUAGAUCGGCGAGCCUUCGAGCGACACGUCAAUGCUGUACGAUUGUACCAGCCCAUGGAGGUCAAACUCUACAGCACGCCGACGAUACUCAUACUACCCACCAUACAGCAGCGCGUCAGGGUGCGGGUUGUCAGAGGUGUCGUAGCAAACGAAGCGCCACUGGUACAAAGCGGUGAAGAUAAAUAUUCGGACUGUCUUGUCCUGGACGUCCACGCUGUCGACGGGUUGUCGACAGUGCCAAAUUUCCGUGAUGUCGGGCAAACUUGGAAGUAUAUCGAUGUCACUGGCGAUCGCACCUCGGUCCCCAUCCUGCGCUACGAGAUCUCACGUAACUGGCUUUCCCGCACAUUGAUGUCGUGCAUCCAUGAGGUGCGACUACUCGCAGGAGGCAGUGCUUGA